CUCAGAGGUGCUACCGAACACACCAUGACAGCCACACAAGAACAAAAGGAUAGAAUUUUCCAGUUUAUGGUUUGACUUUCUUUGGAAUCAUGAUGGUGAGAAGCAGGACGUCAGACGCAGCCGGGCCCCACCGCCACUGUGACAAGUGCCAUAACCUCCACUGUCACAUCUCCAGACCGUGUGCGGUAAUUAAGUGUCGUAAAAACUGCGGGGCCUGCCUUCAUCUGUGCAAGGAGGAGGACCACAGUCUCCUCUGUCCUAAUGAGACAGUUCCAUGCAUUAAUGCCAGCUUUGGAUGUCCCCUGUCUAUGCUCCGCUUUCAGCUGUCCCACCACCUGCGUACAUGUCCCGCCAGUGUUGUCUGCUGUUCUCAAGACUGGAAUCGUUGGCCCAUUCCUGAUGAUAACCCACCAUUUUAUACAAACAUUUCACAAGACUGUCAAACUAGACAACAUCUCGAUGUUGCUAUGGCACUAAGAGACCAGGAUAUGCUUUUUCAAUCUAUCAAAAUGGAGAGCGUGUUCCCUGAGUUGAUGGUUGUUGAUUCUGACCCCGGGUCUACAGCUUGUGUUGAUACGACUGACAAUCCUCCAAUGUGUGACGAGGAACUUGUUGAAUGUUGUUGUGCAGAAAUAAAAGAAACAGAACUGAGCCAAGAGGAAAGAGAUGCCUUGGCAAAAUGUAGGAAUGUUGAGAAUAUUCAGAACUACAACUCCUGGGAAAAGAUGUUUAAGAAGGAGAUGGAUGGAUGCAAGGAAACUGUCAAAAACCUGGAGAAGAAGGAGGAAGGAAAGGAAGAGAAGGCAGGGGAGAAAUCACACAGCUGUCAAAGAGAAACAAAAGGGGAAUAUCAUUUGAGCAAUGGACACGGAGACACGACUACAGUUGCUGCUGCUUUAAGUGAAAAUGGUGCAACAGGACUGGCAACCUGGCAAGAUGGAGCCCUGGAGAGGUUUGGAAGGGACGUCCAUAUGUCUGAAUAUAACAUGUAUCUAAGCCACAAUGGGGCAAUGCUUAUUAACUUCGGUCUACUGCCAGCAUGCACCCCUAGAGAGAAGGAUUUUGUUUAUGGAAAACUUGAGCCCAUUGAGGUGAAGACUGUCCGUUCCUUCAAAAUUCCUGCGAGUUACCGAGCCAGAAGAUGCCAACUAAAAGACCCAACCAGAAAGAUCAAAAUGGUCCAUCAGUGUGUAGAUACUUCAGAUUUGGGGGUGUAAAUCGAGGAUCUUCCAAAAAGCAGUGAAGUCUCUAUGACACUCCUAUGUGCGUUAGAAAAAGAACUGAAAGGGCAUACAGUAUCGCAGAGUACAUCCACUGAUGCACUGUACGAUGAAGCAGGAACACAAACGUACAGCUUCCACUCAGCGCCAUUUCAAACCGACAUGUCUCUUGCCAGUAUUGCACCAAACCACAAUAGUUUAUAUGUCAAAGUUGAAACUGAGCCAGUGACGAGACGGCAUAACAGAAACAGUUCAGCCUUCAGCUACUUUUGCGGACACUUCUUCAGGCGUGACGAGUUUAGUUCACACUUUAAGAACGUGCACUCGGACAUCCAAUCUUGUCUGAAUGGAUGGUUCCAACAGCGCUGCCCCCUAGCAUACCUGGGCUGCACUUACACCCAGACAAGGUUUCAUCCUUCAGGUCAACAGGCCACAAUAAAGUACUGCCAAGAUGUCAACGCUCUUGUCCUUCAGCCUCAAGCCUCCUCUUCUUCUUCCCCCAUCUGCCAAAACAAGAAGAUCCAAAUGGAUCACCUGAGCCAAUUGCCCCUAGAGGUCCUCCAGCACAUUGCGGGCUACCUUGACAGUUUCACAUUGUCCCAGCUGUCCCUGGCCUCACGUCAGAUGAGGGAUGUGUGCAGCGCAUUUUUGCAGAAGAGAGGGAUGGUCUUCCUUAAGUGGGAAAAGAAGACAGAUUCCCAGGGGAGGAGUGCCUGGACGUGUCAAAAGAAAGUGUGGACCUUCAGCUUUGUGUUUUCCACUGUGGACAAAUGGAGAUUUAGUGACAAUCCUCCCAUGUCAGAACAUCUCAAGAUCUGCCCGUACUACCAGAGAGAGGAGCGCUGUGAGCCGGUGUCUUUACCCGGCCUGGGAGAGGUCACAGACAAACAGGAGGAGACCUGUCCCAGCCGAUAACACCCGAGGCCAGGAGAUCAGCAGGAGGAUCUAGCAGAAUGUAUUUACAAGCACUAACUCACAUGUGACUUUUGUCAACAGAGCCUCACAGACAUAAACAGGCUAUAAAUAGGUCACAUGUAUCAUACUGUUCUUUUUACACAUCUGCUUUACCUUUAAAGGUUAAUGUUAAUUAUAUUGCACUAAUUUGUAUUUGUUUGAUGCAAAACCACUGAUGAUAAUGAAAAAUGUGGAAAGAGUGACGCCAUGUGCUAAAUGUGCCCAUCAUCCUGCCUGAUGUGGAGCAGCUGCUUUUAGUGGAAGGACAGUGACAUCUAGUGGACACACGUGGGAUUUCACACAGUGGAGCUUGAAUAUUUCACUUCUAAUAUGAAAUGACUUUGAGUACAUUUACAUUUAUUUAGUGUCGUGUCAUAUUAUAUUAUUAUUGAUUUCUCUCUUAUAAUCCACUCACACAUUAUGAAGUAGUCCACAUUUAUUUAAUCAAGGCCAACU